AACACCCCCUUAUAUACUUGAAAUAACAAUUUUAAAUAGAUGAGUAUUUGGACGUGACAUAGCAAUAAAAGCUGAUAAGGGAAUUGUCAGCAAUGCAUAAGGAUAGGCUCCUUUGUCUCUGCUCCUUUUCUUAAAUCCAUUUGCUGGCGGAUCUGAUAUUUUUCUUAACAUGUGUGUCUACUGUAGGUAAAGGGACAGCGGACAGGAGUGAUUCGGGAUUCUUGGCCAGCUGGUCUCAUUGGCAAGGCUGCAAUCCAAAUCGCAAAGAAAGAUGUCUGGAAUUGGAGACAAUGGCAUCAGAUGACCUGGUGGAUUCAGAGCUUGUCUCUGUGGCUGAGGAGACCACUCUGGGGAAGGAGUCAAUCUCCCUUGCAGUGGGAGAAGAAUUUGUAUCUGAAAUCUCCCUGUCUUUCUCCAUCCUGCGACGCUCCACACUGGGUCCUAAUGUCCAACUGCAGGAGGUUGCGAGGAAAACUCUCUGGGCCCUGGAAAAUGACAACAAAGAAAUGCUGUUACUAUUUAAGGAACUGUCCGCCAGGCUAGUCUCAAUUCAAGCUCAGAAGGAUGUGUUUAUGAUCACUUUUAAAACUAUAGAAGAGAUAUGGAAGUUUACCACCUACCUCUCGCUUGGGUUUGUGGCGUGCAGCCUGGAACACCUGCUGUUUGAUGACCAUUAUUGGCUGAAUUCUGCUUUGGUAGAAGACACAGAGAUCCAGGUCUCGGUUAAUCAAGAUGAGCUUGCAACACUAUACUUGGGCCUACUCUUGCAAGAAGGUAGCUUCUAUGCUAGAGCUGUGGUCCAAGAUGUUGGAGGUACAGAGGAAGGCAGUCAGACACUAGAGUUCCUGUCAGUGCCUCUGAAUGAUGUGGUGCACUUAAAGGAUAUUGGUGAUGAAUCCUCAUGGGAAGGUCAGUCAUUAAGCACAGGAGAGCGUGGAUUGAUGCCUAUUAUUUCAGUGGAGCCAUUACCUCAUCCAUUCUACCAAUGGUUUCUUAAAACAUACCCAAUGGCCUGUAAUAUUAUUGAGCCAACCUGCCGGCACAUCUCGUCCCAAACAAUAGGGCAGGGUCUCUGCACAGCCCGGGAGACCCACACAGCGACAGAAUCAGAUGAGCUCAGCUACUGUAGAGGGGACAGCAUUGAAGUGAUUGGAUUCUAUGUUCCAGGACUGAAGUGGUUGGUGGGAAGGAGCCCAUCUAAUGGAACCACAGGUUUUGUCCAAACAAAGCAUGUGGACCCAAGCUGCUUGAAAGCUCUGGGUAAAGACUUGUUCUUUCUAAGUGAGGAGGAAAAGUCAGCACUCAACUCACUGGAUGAAGACAGUCAACGUAGCUGUGUGCAGCUUCUGAAUGACCUCUCUCAGACCAACAUUAGUUCUGUGUACAGACUAGAUGGCCUAGAUCCUGUGGACAUGUAUCACAAAGCCUCAGUUAGUAUGAGUGAAAAUUUUGGUGAAUGUCAAGUGUCUGACAGCUGGGAGGAAUGUGAAGGUGUCAGUAGCUCGUCCAAAUGCAGUGCCUCUGAGAAAUCAAGUCCUGACUCGGAGUGGAAAGGUGGGGUGGAGGGCUUCAUAGUGCAAUGCCAGGAAGAUCUUGAUGAUCCAAAGUUCUUUGUUGACUUAAAUGCUGGGGAGAUGGAAGAUUCUGAAGUCUUUGAUCCAGUCUUGACAUUCCUCAAUCAGGAUGGCUAUCAAACUUACUUCCAGCCCUUGUAUGAUUUGUCCAUGUCUUUCCUCAACUCGACCUUCUAUGGAUUUUCCGAGGAGGAAGAUCUGGUAUUCUACCUUGAAACCUCUCGGAACUGGGCUAAGAAAAUAAAUAUGUCAUGGGCUCACAUUCGAUGUUGUUUUCUUCUUGGAAGGAUUUGUGUGAAGAGAAUGAAGCUGUCCCAGGCAAGAGUUUACUUUGAAGAAGCCUUAAGUGCCAUGCGGCAGGGAUUUCUUGAUGUGCACCUUAUGGCUGCCUUGUAUGGUAAUCUCUGUGCUAUUUACUUGAAGCAAAAUUUGAGAUCCAAGCAGGAGCUGUUGCUAGAGAAGGCCGCUAGUCUUCUAACUUGCCUGCACCAGCAUAAUUUUAGCUCAGAGCACGAACUUGAAGUGCUAAAAUAUCUUCUAAAGAAAGCCAUCAUUGUUAACAACACCUCAUUUGAAUCUCGAAUUUGUUUUCUCAUAUUCAGGCUUCUCCAUCAGCUUGGUAGAUAUGAUGAGGCCUUACCUUUUGUGGAACGCUUGCAAUUUCUUCUUAUUUCCUCAUGCUCUCAGCCUGUCUGUUCUUCUUUAGGCGUGAUUCCCAUAUUAAGUUACUUAUUUGAUAAAAAAUAUCUGCCUCAUGUGGCUUUAGCAUCGGCCAGACUAUGUAAAUCUGUUGGUAUGAAAAUGAUGCCAUCCCCGUUGUGGAGAGUAGGGGUAGUUAUGCAAAAUUUAUCCAGGAUCACUGGUUCCUCAUUAAAAGGCAAUUAUAUUCCUGCACAAACUGCUCCCUACCUAAAACAUGCCCUAUCAUGUUCUUAUGAGAGUGGAGAUGUGAAAGCCCAAAGAACGUUAUGCCUUAUUUUAUCUAAAAUACAUCUCCAAUAUAGUCUACUCCCCAGUGCCAUUACUUACGCCAAGAGAGCAGUUGAAUUGGGUCGAUGGACCAGUGAGGAUGAAGCAUUUGAAGCAUCACUUUUCUUAGGGUGGUUGUAUACACUGGAUGGGCAGUUUGAACAGGCUUGUCACAUUCUAGGACCUCUGUUAGAAUCUAUGCAGCAAACAGACAGUACCACCCAAUGUGGUGUCAUCCAUAACAUGCUUGCAAAUGCCCAGAAAAUGGACAAAAAGGUUGUUGAAUCAUUGAGAGGGUAUUCACAAGCCCUCAAAAUGGCAACUGAAACUGGCAACAGACGAAACCAAGCCAUAGCCCUUGCUAACUUUGGGAGACUGUCUGUUUUUUGCCAAACCACUGUAAUGGCAGAGAAGUAUUUUCUCAAGUCUGUCCAACUUUAUAUGGAUGUCCAGGGCAGCGAUGACGCAGAGCGGGAAUUGGUGCAAGUUCUCCAGUGGCUGGGACAAAUUUUUACUGAACAAAGGAAGCUUGAACAGGGAGUACUGUGUUAUGAAUUAGCCUUGCUCUAUGCAUUGAAGGCCAGCAACUUGAACAGUCAACUCAGGAUCACUGAAGAAUUGUGCAAUUUCUACAGCAAUGUGUCCCUUUCCACUGGGGCCCAUAUAGCCUACUGUGAACACUGGGUCCAGCUAGUGCAACAACUGAGGGAUCGAAAGAAGGAGGGGGAAUUGCUGGGAUCUCUAAGUCUGUUGUACCAGGCUCUAAAUACAGACCGGUCUCUUCGGAAGGCUCUUGACUACACCAAGCAAAGUCUAAGGAUUGCUAUUGAUCUAGGCCAACAUGAAAGAGCAGCUGAGAAUUGGCUUCAAGCUGGGAGACUGUAUUAUCUACUAAAAGAGGAUGAGCUGGUGGAGAUUUAUUUACAUGCUGGCAUUCAGGCAUCCUUGAAAUCUGAGAAUUCUGCGAACACGCUGCACCUCUAUGAAGCUUCAGGAGAUGUAUUUUUUCAUGGGAUCAAGACUAGAGAGAAAGCACUGCCUUUUUACAAGGAAUAUGCUCUCCCACUAGCAAAGAAGCUUGAGGAUAAUCAAACACAACUUCGACUCCUCCACAAACUCACUCAGCUUCUUAUCAGUCAAGGAAAUUACAAGAUGUCACUGGAAUUUGCUGCCAUGUCUGUCCGGAUGAGCACUCUUGUUGAUGAUCCAUUACAUGAGCUGGUUGCCUUCCACCGCUUGGCAGGGGUGUACCAUUCAAUGCAGAUUUAUGAGGUGUCUGAAUACUGCUACUUGAAGGCACUGUCCUUAUGUUCCUCACCCAUGGAGCAUGUGGCUGAAGCUGGGUAUUACUUGAAGGUCUACUGGCGUUUAGGAGACAUCGCCCUUUUUAGAAGAAAGGAUGUAGAAGACGCAGUCACAUACCACCUCCUAGCACUGGCAGCUGCUAUCGAAAUUGGGAACGAAGAGUUCCAACUGGUGCUCAGUGACCGGCUUGCCAGCUUGUAUUCCAACUACCUGCGGGACGAGGAACUGGCCGACGACUUUGUCAAGCUUAAAGUACAGCUCAGCAAUAACAGUAAAUGUGUAUGAUGCAUGGAAAAAAAAAAAAGGGGGAUAAACGCAGUGAUGACUGA